AUGGCGUCUGGUUCAUGGGAUUACGAGUUUCAAAGUAGUUUGGUGAGUUAACGUCUCCCAUUUAUAUAAAGAUAUAUUACAGCGGAUGAUAGAAAACUUUCGUAUCCAAGACUUGCAAGCAGUCUUAACCAGAUUCAGCAGCACCCCUCUUAGAGGAAGCACAAGAAAAGCUGAUUUGCAAAAGCGAGUUCGAGAUCUCUUAACAUCGACUAACACUCGAAAUGCGGUUGUGGAAUAUGUCCAAGCCAUUAAUCGCCAGAGAAGUGUUCAAGUUGCGGCUCCUCCAGCUCCACAACCUCAAAGAGCGGGAGUAAUGAUGCAGCAACCGUAUGCUCGGCCAGGCCUACCACAGGCGGGAUGGCCGCAGCCUCGUAUUCCGAUGCAGAAUAGAGCUGUCCCUCCACUUACAACCAACAGCAGACAGGGCUUCAGCAGUUCAAACCCGAUGAUGAGAAACCAGGUGAAUUACAACCCAAAUCUAUUCAUGUGCCCCUCUGUAGUCGGUAGGUUAUUCCUCUUUAAUUUUAUAUCUUCUAGAUCCAAAGAACGUUCAUUUUACGGUGUUGCCGUUUUAUGAGCAGAAAGAAGUGGUAAUGCCUCACACUCUUUUGCCGCAAUACCCUAAGAUCGAUAAUGGGAUGGUUCAACAUAGUUUUAAGUUUUGUUUGCCCAGAAAGUUUUUCAACGAGUUCCGUGUUGGCGCCGAUCUCCCUCGUUACGAAGUUCAAUUAAGAAUGUGCGUGGCGGACGCUUCCAAACCCCAAAGCGAUGCUUUUCCGAAUGUUAUCAGAACUUACAUUAACCAGUCGAGUGUUCAGUAUCCUGUAAGUGUAAUAAUUAGGGCAAUUUAUUCUCCUUAUUUAGCCUCUGAUGAAUGUUCAAGCACCGCCGGGUCAAGGAGUUGGUCAAAUCCAGAAACGGAGUUCUAGAUCUGUAGAUAUCACCCAGAAUUGCAUCGCAUCCAGAGCGAAUGAGUUUUCAAUGAUUAUGGAGUAUCAGCCUGACCGUCAUCAGUAUGUUUUUGGCAUAUGGGUCGUUUACCAUCUGACGGCUAAAGCGUUGACUGAGAAGAUAGAGGGUUGUUGUCCAAAGUACUAUGACGAGACUAGAAAUAUGAUCAAGAAGUUACUUGGGGGAGGCGAGGAAGAUGAUAUUGCCAUGGAUGUUUGCCGAAUUUCGUUGUUGUGUCCGGUAAGAAUACAUAUUGAAUGUCGAUAUUUUUAGCUGGCUCGAAUUCUGAUGAAAACUCCAGCAAGAGGGAAGAGUUGCACACAUCUCCAAUGUUUUGAUUUGACAAAUUAUAUUAUGAUGAACGAGAAAAGAGCUAAUUGGAAGUGCCCGGUGUGUAACAGGCAAACUCUUCCUUCCGAAUUGGUGGUAGAUUAGUAAGUCACCCAUUUAUUUAUUUUUUAUUUCUUUAGCUAUUUUGUCGAAAUAAUCAACAAAAUCAAUGGACAGAGCAGUGAGGUUGAGCUGUUGAGGGAUGGAUCCUGGAAGAUGAUAAAGGAAGCCGAUGAUGAGGAUUCGAGACCGUCCAGUCCAAAAAGGAGCCGUGUGGAACCAACACCGACGACACAAAAAACCGUGGAGACGGGAAGGGCAGCCCAGAAUCAAGACAUUAUUACGUUAGACGACUCAGAUGAGGAAGAUGAACAAGUACCUCCAACACCUGCUCCUGCAGAGCCCCAGAAGACGGGAGAUCAGCAACCGCCUUCUGCUUCAACGCAAAAAGUUGCUGGGGAACAGAAUGUAAUAGACAAGAACACAAGCGGAGGGUCUUCUGUUAUUUAUCUUAGUGAUGAUGACAGUGCUACCGAGAAUGCACCCAAGGAUCCAGCACCAAAUUCAUCUUCAUCCAAACCUGCCCAGCCCCAGGUUAGUAAUUCAACCCUUCUUUGCUAGUUUUCUUGUUGUGUUGUUCUUUAUAUUUAUUAAAAUGCAUUUUUUAUUUUGAGUUAUUGAUACUGUAUUGAAAACUUCUUUCUAAUCUUACAUUUAACAUUUAAAUUUCAGAAUUCCAAUUCUUUGGAUACGUCGUUAUUUGGAGGAAAUCAAGCUGGGAAUCACAGACCUUUCUCUGGCGAGCUUAUUAAGGAUUCGUUGCCCACUUCCUUGUUGUCGAACCAAGCGAUGGCUGAUAUCAGUUUGGAGCUUGUUUCGUUCCUCCAAAAACUUCAGCAUUGUGAAAUUGACUUUAAUCGUAUCUGA